GGCGAGGAGUGGUGGUUCGGUGAGUCUCCAUUUUGAUCUUUCUUUCACGCUUGUUGUAGCACGUGUGUGUCUUCAUCGAGAGUGUGAGGGAACGCGAUUUCGAAUCGAGCUAACGACCGGAUGAGGCAGCGUUGAAUCGUCGGAGAUAAAAGCCAGGUCACAAAAUGAAUCAGGAGAAGUUGAAAAAGCUCCAGGCCCAGGUGAGGAUCGGCGGUAAAGGGACACCCAGGCGGAAGAAGAAGGUGGUCCACGCGACGGCCGCCACCGACGACAAAAAGCUUCAGAGCUGUUUGAAAAAGCUCUCGGUCAACACGAUCCCGGGUAUCGAGGAGGUGAACAUGAUCAAGGAGGACGGGACGGUCAUCCACUUCAACAACCCCAAGGCACAGGCUUCCCUCGCGGCCAACACUUUCGCCAUCACCGGCCACGGGGAGACGAAGCAGAUUACGGAAAUGCUGCCCGGGAUCUUGAGCCAGCUCGGGCCCGAAGGCCUCAACCAGCUGAAGAGGCUGGCGACCUCCGUCGUCGGAACGACCACCGGCAAAGCGACCAUCGAAGAGGACGACGAAGUGCCGGACUUGGUCGAAAACUUCGACGAAGCGAGCAAGGAGGAGGUGCCCAACAAAGAAAACACAUCCCCGCCCAAAAACUAAUCUUUCUUCUUUUUUUAAAUAACGAUUAAUAAGGUCAUUCUGGGCUGCUCAUAACAACAUAGAGUAAAUUGGUUCAAGCCACAAGGAGCUGCAACAAAACCCAUAAGGCUAUCCAUAAUCUUUAAAUUUGUCCCCCUCUUUACUAUAAUCAUUUAUUGUUUUGUUGUAAAAAAAAGAACAAAAAAAAACGAAAAGCUAAAGUAUAAUUAAAAUAUGUUUUGGGAAUAAAAACUUUAUAUCCCGCUUAAAAGAGUAAAUUAUAUUUUUUAACCGGUUAAUUUUUUAAACAAUACUUGUGAAAUGAUUGCGACUGAGAGAUUGAUUUCUCAUUGUUUUGCCAUAUAUAAAAUUUUUAUAGUUGUUUGUCGUUAGCCGAUUUUGAACCAUUGUCUCACAUUAUAGUGUUUUUGCUUCUAAUGAAUUUGGACUUGACAUCAAGUCAAAUCAGGUACUUUUUUCUAUAACAAUGAAUUUACGGGCAUUUUCUUUCUUUUUAAUUCAGGGAAACUACCUUCUUUUUCUAAUUUUAGUUUUUUUGAAUUGCGUUUAGUUUCAUGUCCUUUUAGUAUUAGAAGUGCUUUUAAGUUGUCUGAAUAAAUUCGGUGCUAGGCUAGAACUCCAGAGCGAGGGAUUCAUUUAAAGAAGAAAAAUGAGUUAAAUAUUUACAAAACUAUAUUAAUUAGAAAGCGUAGCAUAGCACAAAAUGCAAACUUUGUAAAUAUGACAUAUACUUUAUUGUUUCAAAGCUUUUUACAGACGACAGGUCGCCUGUUGUAUCUAGAGAGGUUUGACAGUAAUGAAACAAAAACAUUGCAAGUAUAUUUUUAUUCAAAAUUUCUUUAUAGUUUUUCUGGGAAGAAGCAUCAUUGGAAAUCACUUUUAAUAUUAAGUGUAAAAAUUAAGGGAUCUAUUUGAAACUAGUCCAUUUUUAGUUUUGUCUUCCACAAUUUGGUUAUGUCACUUAAGACAGCUUAGUAAUCAAUAUUUCCUGCUGAAUUACAUUAACUGGAAAAUCUGUUUUGUUUCACGUAUGUUUUUCUUUGUUAAAGCAUCAUUUCUUGAAUUUUUAGUUGCUAAAAUACAAUGUUUGUGUAGAUUGUAAUUUUUAUCAUCAUAUUCACCAAUAAAUAAGUGAUGUACCAGUGUUAAAAA